ACUCGGUUCCUUUUAAUGCAAUAAAUAAAUAAAUAGAUAGAAAAGUAAGGAAGGAACGAAACGGACCUCGGAUUGUCACUGAGUGUACGCGAUGACUGGUGCGCCGAGCAGGUUCAGCUUUUCCGUCAGGAGCAUCCUGGACCUGCCUGAGCGGGACGCGGAGUCUGCGCCGCGGUCCUCCUCGGUUUACUCCUCCUGCUCCUCCAGCUCGCCCUACACCUCCUGGGUGGAGUGCGAUCGGAGCCCCUGCAUGUCUUCUGAUGAAGGCGGUUUCGAACCGUCGCCCGACUCGACCAAGCCGGAUGACUCGUCCUUGGACUUGGAGCCGGUGGAGAGGAUCAAGAAGAGCAAGAAGCGCCGCGUCCUGUUCUCCAAAGCCCAGACCCUGGAGCUGGAGAGGCGCUUCCGCCGGCAGCGCUACCUGUCCGGGCCGGAGAGGGAACAGCUGGCCCGGAUCCUCAGCCUCACCCCGACCCAGGUGAAGAUCUGGUUCCAGAACCACCGCUACAAGAUGAAGAGAGGCCGGGCGGAAGGCGCGCUGCCGCCGGACGCGGACAUUCCGCAGCCUCCGCUGCUGCGCAGGGUGGUGGUUCCGAUCCUGGUCCGGGACGGGAAACCUUUCCACACCUGCUUCAUCGAGGCGGACAAAGCCAGUUGCCUGACCGCUCCCGCGCCUCCUCAUCCUCAGGCUGUCCCGUUCCCUCUAGCCUUCCCCCCUCUCCAGCAUCCCUCCCCCACAUCGCUCCCUUCCCGGUACCAGCAGCACUUUCCAGCGGCCUCCAGAUUCGCCUGGAGGGACUUUUGGAGCGACUCGGUUCCCUUCGCGCCUCUCAAAUGAGGAUCCUGACGGGAAUGCACGAACUCAUUUAGAAUGGCAUCAAAUGUUGUCUAAAUGGUUUUACUCACUUCUGAGCUACUCGAACGUUUAGAUUCACACUUUAGAGCGGAGAAUAUUUUGCACAAUUUUUAUUUUAUGUGUUUAUUUUUGUACAGCUGAUUCUUGGUGCAGCGUGUAGGACAUUUUUAUUUUGUUUGUUUUGUUUUGUUUUUUAAAGUGAUCAUUCAUUUGUGUAUAUUUGACUUUUCUGUUUUUGAAAUCUUGAAUAUUUGUAUCAAUAACUUUUGUUUUCAUUCCAGUAGAUAGGGAUGUAAGAAAAUCAACCUUUAGUCUCAAUUAAAAAAAAGAAACA